ACCCUGUCUAGCAAGCGCAAGGUCCAGAGUUCGAUCCCGGUACCAAAGAGAGAGAGAGAGCGAGAGAGAGACAGAACUGGAGGGGAAGAUCAUAUGCUAUGAAGAUUUGCCACGGCUGGUUUUUCUGAUACAAACUCUGCUGUUCUCUUUGCCAGAGGAGCUCAGGUCCUCGCUGUCGCUGGGGAUGGCUGCUGUUCUCAUCCGGGGAGCUCUGGUCUCCCCCUUGAUCGUUGCUUCCUGGCUCCAGUGCAGAUCCCUCAGCCUGGUGGCACAGACCCUUCACCCCACCUGCGCGGGCUUUCUGGCUUCCACCACUGGCCUUUGGGCCUGCCCAGUGCAGAUCCUCGAUACGGACUUGCAUGAGACAUUGCCUUGGCCUCUACGCCUCUGGGUGCACUCAUAGAGGACACUGCCUUGGGCUCUAGGCCUUCAGCUGGACUUGUUCAGGACAUUGCCAUGGGUUCUUCAGGUUCACAGCGUGUGGACAGAUCUCUUGCAUUCCUCUGCAUUUGACUUUUUGGAUGAAUACUAUAACAUAUUAUAAAUUAUGUGUCCUGUAUUAAAUCUAUUCCCUUGCAAACCCUGACUACAACACUCCUAUGGUCACUAUUACCCUAAAAUUCUUGCCUCUGAUAGACUAGGUAAACGAGGGACAUCUGUGAGUGACAGAGCGAGAGGAAUACUCGCGGUAUCUGAGCUUCUGAUGAAAAACUCGCCAGAGAUGUUUCAUCAAAAUCACUUGAUUUACUAAACGGGACUGCGAACCCUUCUAUCUCUGUUCCUGAGUGUCAGCGGGGGGUGGGGGGUUCUCCUGGGACCACUCUCUCGGGAUCUCUGGAAAUUGCGCUUAGCUCUCAGAUGCCCAUGAAUCCAUUCAUUUGCUCAUCCGUUUUCAUCUCCCUCACACGGGGCUCACACGGCUGCUUAUACUGUGGGGGCGAGAUGUGUCCAAAGGGGACAGAGCGCCCUCUCCUGGCUCCUCAGGGGCCCACGCAGGCCGGCUAGGCUUCCGACCCGCCUCCUCAGCACCCACCCUCGGGAUGUGCGCACUCGGGUGGGAGCACCGCCGCCCGAGGUUGGCCUGUCCCGCGCUGGGCGUCUGCUGGGGACACCAAGAGAGGAGGCAGCCGAGCGCCCGGGAAGCGGGCGACUGGGUGGAGUUGCGGCCGGCAGCAGCGCGGUUCCACCUGUUGCAGCGUCGGAGAGCGAAGACCUCCACUUUCCGCCCCACUCGCAGGGCAGGGCCGGGCCGGGCCUCGAGAGGAGGGAGCUCAGGGAUAUUCCUGCCAGGGCACAGAGGGGUGGUCCCCGCGAGCCGGUCUGCCUGCCGUAUGCCGCGAAGCGUGGGCGCUGGGCAGAAGGUCGGAGCUCGCAACGCAGGUCUGCGCUUUCUGUCGGUCGGUGCGCCGGCUCCGGACCGCUCGUGCUUCUGAGCUCCGGAGGCCGAAGGAUCGGGGCGACGCUGCCACUAGGACGCACCACCGGGGAGGCAGCUCCUUAGCCAGCAAACACCCCCGCGUCCUAGCCAUCGCGGUUUAAGAAAGCGACGGUCAAAGAGACCGAAGCCACUGGGCUCCGCUUACCCGCCGACUUCUGGGGAUCCCUCCCCCGGGAAGUUAAGUCGGCCGAGUUUGCAGUGAAGACGCGCCACGCCCCCUCCCCAAUCUGAGCCAGGCUGGAAACCCAGCGCGCGCACCCGCGUGCGGAGCAAAAGCGACUCUGCGCCCGGACGCUCGCAUCUUCGGCGCUAGGGAGAACUCCGGAGCGGGAGGCGGCGACAAAGCGGAUACGAAACCAAGAGUCUAGGAGGACGUGGAGAUCUGGUGCCUCAAGAGAAGAGGAGGCGGCAGCCCAGGGAUCCUAGCGGCCUGGGGAGAGGGCGGCGGGCAUGGGAGAGCCGGCCGUGGGGCGUCCGGGAGCCGGCUGAGCGCCCUCCCCGGGCGUGGGCGCGAGUCCCCCAGCGCCCACUGCCGUCCCGCGGGGAUCUGGCCCCGGGGCCAGGUCAUGGCCGGCCGGGGUUGCAGUUGCACCCCGGGCCACCUGAACGAGGACAACGCGCGCUUCCUGCUCCUCGCCGCGCUCAUCCUGCUCUACCUCCUGGGCGGCGCCGCAGUCUUCUCGGCGCUGGAGCUGGCGCACGAGCGCCAGGCCAAGCAGCGCUGGGAGGAGCGCCUGGCCAACUUCAGUCGCAGCCACAACCUCAGCCGCGAGGAGCUGCGCGGCUUCCUCCGCCACUAUGAGGAAGCUACCAGGGCCGGCAUCCGCAUGGACAACGUCCGCCCGCGCUGGGACUUCACUGGCGCGUUCUACUUCGUGGGCACCGUGGUGUCCACCAUAGAGAAACUCAGACAGAAUUCCAGAUGGAAAGGAGGCAAAAGUGUGAAUGAGGCUGUGAAGGGUGGAAAAAUGUUUCCUACUGGAAAGAACCAGGGAACAAGCGACCUUUGGGCUGAACAAGGGUUUGGGAUGACAACUCCAGCAACGGUAGGAGGAAAAAUCUUCCUGAUUUUUUACGGCCUUGUUGGGUGUGCGAGCACCAUCCUGUUCUUUAACCUCUUCCUGGAGCGCCUGAUCACCGUCAUCGCCUACAUCAUGAGGUCGUGCCACCAGCGCCAGCUGCGGAGACGUGGGGUGCUGGCCCAGGACAGCCUGAAAGCCCCAGGAAAGGGGGAGCCAGACAGCCUGGCUGGCUGGAAGCCCUCGGUGUACUAUGUAAUGCUGAUCCUGUGCUCAGCCUCGGUGCUCAUCUCCUGCGGGGCAUCAGCCCUGUACGCCCCCAUGGAAGGCUGGAGCUACUUCGAUUCCCUCUACUUCUGCUUUGUGGCUUUCAGCACCAUCGGCUUUGGGGACCUGGUCAGCAGCCAGAAUGCUCAGUAUGACAGCCAGGGUCUCUACCGCUUUGCCAACUUUGUCUUCAUCCUCAUGGGUGUCUGCUGCCUGUACUCCUUGUUCAAUGUCAUCUCCAUCCUGAUCAAACAGUCAGUGAACUGGAUCCUGAGGAAAAUGGGUGGUGGGUGCUUCUGCCAAUGCCAAAGAAGACUCUUGCAGUCCCGGAGGAACGCAGUGAUGCCGGGCCAUGUCAGGAACCGCUGCAACAUCUCCAUAGAAACAGACGGGGUGAUGGAGAGUGACACGGAGGGGCGCCGCCUCUCAGGGGAGAUGAUCUCCAUGAAGGACUCCAACAAGGUGGCACUGGCCAUCCUCCAGAAGCAGCUGUCUGAGAUGGCCAACGGCGGCCCCCACCAGACCAGCACCCUGUCCCGAGAUGACGAAUUCUCAGGGGGCGUCGGGGCCUUUGCAAUAAUGAACAACAGGCUGGCAGAGACCAGUGGGGACAGGUAGAAGCAAGCAGCGGCUGCUGGGCGAGGAGCCUAGGGAUGAGUGAGGAUGAGGGACCAUCAUUCACUCUGCCCUGAGCUUGCUGGGCUCAUCCAGGGAGCUGAUCCCAUUAGUUCCUCAUGCCCAGCUUUUCAAGUUUAGGCCUCAAUCAAUAGCCACCUUCCAGGGCUGGGCAGAUGGGAAGCCUCUCUGCCCAUCUCAUCUUUACCCGUUGAGUCUAAAUUGAGUCUUUUCAAAAUGAAUCACAAACACAGCAUAAGACACUGCCUUAUUGCUUCACUCAUCUUCCUCCAAAGCUUUAUAGAAGAUGAGUUUUACCGAAGCCUUGAUUUCCCCCUGGUAUAUAUUCUUCAUUUGUGGUUGAAAACACUAAUUCUUCCUGGGACUCUGAAUGGCUGAAUUCACCACCUCACCCAGCCCCUUCAAGAAAAAGGAAAGAGUGUUCCAGAAUGUGUCUGGCCCUUCUUCUGGCUGAACUUCCUUCUGAGCAGAUUUGUCAGUGUUUCCAUGGAUAGGGAGAAUAUUCUACUCUUAAUACACACUUCUCAGUUGAGAUUUUUGUUUUCCUUUUCUGUUAAUUUUGAAGACAAGAAUGUUCAGCUAGGGUAUCCUGGGACCUCAGUGUGAUAAAAAACAAAACAAAACUGAAUUCAGCUUCAGGCCUCUGAACUACAACAAGAUGGUGAUAGGGCUGGGUAGGAGGAGAGACUCACUUUUGUAACUAAAGAACAUAGUGUAACAUUUUCUCCUUGAAUGGUCACAUAGACCAUUUCAUUUUUACCAAGGCUUGGGCCCCAUUGCUGAGAAAAUGACUAUUUAUUAGAACUAAAAAUUUAAUAAAUUCUCACUUUAUUAAUUAA